AUGGACGACAACGGCCGCUUCGCCCACAUCAUCCCGCUACUCAACGAGAUACUCCCCAUGCUCACGAACCUCGAGCAUUUGGAUCACAACUUGCACGCCUGUAUCGGCGACCCACCUCUCUACGCCACAUUGCUUAGCACGCUCUCAGAGUGCUCGUUCAAGCUGAAGAAACUCCAGUGCUUCGUAAACUACGAUGGACAGCUUCUUCAAUUCCUCAGACGGCAGGCGGACCUAGAGUUCUUCAACGUCAGGGCUCUGUCGUUCGAGCUGCCCGACUGGGAGAUGCCACAAGACGUCCUCCCCCGUCUCAAGUACCUGCAGACCGACUAUGACUUCUUCUUGAACGUCAUUCCCGCCCCGCGCAUGAUAACGCACCUCAGCCUUUGCUGUUUCCCUACGGAUGUUCGGGACUCCAAGCUCGACGCGGUGCUCCAGAUUCUCCAGCACCAGCUCGUAAGCCUCAGAUGCAACCGGUAUACGGAUCGACGAUUUCCGAUCUGGCCUCCGUCGGAUGUACUCGCACACAAGACCAUGCCGACACUCAGGUUCCUUGAAGUCAACGAGACCGUGGCCGGUAUAUUCCUACCGUCCUCGCGCAACUCAGUCGGGCCAAAUAUUGCGUUGAACACGCUUGUUUGGUCUGCGUGCUGGCGUCCCGAGCCGCACAGGGAUGUCACCUUGCUCGACAGGCUCAAUCGACUUGACAAUGUCCGUCACUGGGCACAGAAAGUCCUCUGCGAAUGCCACUCUUUAUGUCGCUUCUUCUACGUGGAGCGCAACACAGAUCAAGCUCCUUUUGUUAUACUCUUCACGUUGUCGGCCAAUAGCGAGCUGGAAGAGGAGGAGAAGGGAGAGAAGGACUUACCACUCUGGUCUGAUAACUGA